UGAUUGGCCGCGGCGGCCGCCGGGAGAGUGCAGAGAGGGAGGGGGGAGAGCUCACAGCAGCAGCAGCUGGUCUCGGUGUAAACAAGUCGCGGCUGCGAACCCCGGGCGUGGGGACAGCGCCCCGGCUCCGGAGCGCCCCACCACCCGACCCCAGACCCGGAGGACCGGGCCCCUUCGUGCACCUAGGCUCUGGGCUCCCUUUGCUCACCGUGGUCCCCUCCCCGGGUGGGGCCACUGCCCCCAGCCCCCACCAUGGUUCGGAUCUCCAAGCCCAAAACCUUCCAAGCUUAUCUGGAUGAUUGUCACCGAAGGUAUAGCUGUGCCCACUGCCGGGCACACCUGGCCAACCACGAUGACCUCAUCUCUAAGUCCUUUCAGGGCAGCCAGGGCCGUGCCUACCUCUUCAACUCCGUGGUGAACGUGGGUUGCGGGCCAGCUGAAGAGCGUGUGCUACUAACUGGACUCCAUGCCGUGGCAGAUAUCCACUGUGAGAGCUGCAAGACCACCCUGGGCUGGAAAUAUCCACACCGAGCUCGAGUGUGAGGAACAGGCAUUUGAGAGCAGUCAGAAAUACAAGGAAGGGAAGUACAUCAUUGAACUCAACCACAUGAUCAAGGACAAUGGCUGGGACUGACCUCUGACCUCCAACCUUAGCCCCAUGAUUUUCCCUGAUGUUUCUGCUGCCCCCACCCCAGCCAGGCUGCUGGAGGAGGGGCACUGGUGGGAGAAACAACUACUUGCUUCCUCUCCAGGGACCCUGGGGAAUGGCAAGUUCUCCCUCCUCAGGGCUUUGUUGGGAGAUGGCUCCAAGCCCUUGUACAUACAUUUUAUUAUUUUAUUGCAUGCACUGUGACUUUUGGCGGGGGGGUAGGGGAAGAAACGUCCCUGUUCUGCUGCCCCUCAUGAUCUGGCUGGUUUGGAUCUCAUUUUUAACCCUCUCCCUGCCCCAGAUUCACCUGUAGAUAUGCCCUUUGUUGUACAUAACUACCCGGCUUCCUCUCCACGGCAUCCCUUUUCCUCCUGCCUAUAUACCUCAAGCCUGUACCACUCUUUCCCCAUGAUUUCCUUACCCCCUUGUGGUCUGUAGCAUCUGUAAAUAAAACUACCAGAGAUACCA